AUGAGUCCAUCGAACCACGCUCCCACAAAGAGUCCAUCGAUAGUCGUACUAUUUUCUCGUAUGGUGCAGUCGCUGCGAAGCGAUGUCCGCAUGUACUGUCACCGAAGCCUAAUCCUGGGAGCGACAUUGGUAGUACAACUACAACGUGGUCAGUGUCAGUGUCCACCAUUGUUAGUAGAGCUUCAAUGUCCACCACCACCUCGUCUACCUGGCAGUACUCAGUGGGGAGCCAUUCCGUACAGUUGCAGCAGCUGUUUCCUCGAGAACGAAGCUAUCGUCGCACCAUGCGAUAGAAGUCUCUCGUCUGACCCGUAAAAACAACUACAGUCAAUGCAGCUGCGACAAGGCUACCUAGAGAGCCCAUUAGGAGGUCGCCAGAUUUUUACGGACUUAGUAUCGAUGAAUAGGUAACCAAUCUGAAUACGAUAAUGAUAGAAUCUGAAAUCUAAAGCCAAACCACCAAGCAGCCCUCUUUUGCGCGCUCUUAGUGAGAAUUUUUUACUUGAAUAUCGGUAUUCAUAGAGUUAGAUAACUCUGAAUAAUAGAGAGUACCUGAAGACAUUAUAAUGAACACAAGAAUACUAGGAAUAGUAAGUAGAUGAAUGUUUAUCUUAUAGUUUUACGCCGCUCCCCACUGCGAGGAAGAUAACAAAUUGUACUAGUUCACGAGAAUUGAUGCUGCAUGAGUAGAGAUAGAUACUGGGGGAGAGGCUCCUCAACGCUUGUAGUCGAUAAAUUCAGAAUUCUGAUUGAAAUGCACUAAUGUUUCGCAGUAUUUUGAGGCUGACGCGCCAGAUAAAUCUACUUGAAGAUUUUACGUUUGAACAUACGAUAACAUCAACAUUUCUUACUAUGAUUACAUCCAACGUACAACGAUCCACUGGUUCUCCUGGAAAUAUUAAGAUUGAUGCGCAGUAUGAGUUUGAGUAUGUGUAUGUCCUCCAUGUCCUCCAAAGUCUACGCUUUUAUUGCCUCGACUUCUAGUUUGCUUCAUUAUAAAACAGAGUAUCUAUUGCUGGAUCGUGUGUUGCUAUCAUGUGAUAAUUUGUUAUAUUAAGGUAAAAACAGGAUUUGGAUUCAGUAAUGUGGUAAAAAGCUGGUAGCUGUAACAAAAAAGAUUAACAUUUCUAAUGUCCCUAUCAUUCAAACGAAGGCUGUGGCCAGGUAUUAAAACACUUCAAGUGACUUGUGAUUUUUUAUCCUUUUUCUAGAUCACGACAGCGAAGAUACCAGCGAAGUAAUGGUACUAUGGGCACGACCCAAUGUGGCACUAGGAGCUUCGACAACAAAUUGUUCCAUCGUACUCGCGGCAUCAUUUGGUGCAGUCUCAUGUCUGUCGAAAGAGAAUACUCGUUGUCGUCAUGGGUAAACAGUCCAUAUCGGUGGACUGCUCUAAUUCGGUACGAUGAAAAGGUCAACAGUCCUUCGGUUCUCGACUUGUUGCGUCGCGUCGGUCGAUCGAUUCAUAUCAAGCCUAGGUUUCUAGGACUAGCUU